AAAAAAAAAAAAAAAAAGUACCAAUUUUAGAUGGAAAUAAAACGAGACGUGGAGGAGAAGAGAACCCGCCUCUGAGAUUCGAUCAUCUGAUCAAUUCUUCGUUAUGACGAAUUCAUCCGAUUCAAGUCUUUCUGAGAGCAAACCUUCGCUAUUGCAUCUCGCCCCGUUAGAGGCCGUUCUGUUUGACGUCGAUGGGACACUCUGUGAUUCAGAUCCAAUCCACCUUAUUGCCUUUCAGGAACUUCUCCAAGAGAUUGGUUUCAACAAUGGUGUUCCAAUCGACGAAAAAUUCUUUAUCGAAAAUAUCGCUGGAAAACACAACUCGGAAAUUGCUGCAUCUCUGUUCCCCGAUGAUCUUUCAAGGGGCUUGAAAUUCUGCGAGGAAAAGGAAGCCCUUUUUCGCAAAAUCGUGGUAGAAAAGUUAAAGCCGAUUGACGGGCUGACCAGACUGACCAAGUGGAUCGAGGAACGCGGGUUGAAACGAGCUGCAGUAACCAAUGCCCCCAAAGAAAAUGCAGAGCUAAUGAUAACAAAACUCGGUCUCAAGGAUUUCUUCCAAGCUGUAAUUGUUGGAUCCGAAUGUGAACAUCCGAAACCACACCCCGACCCUUACUUGAAGGGCCUCGAAGUUCUUAACGUGUCGAAGGAACACACUUUGGUUUUCGAGGACUCGGUUUCGGGGAUAAAGGCGGGAGUUGCAGCGGGAAUGCCCGUGAUCGGACUAACUACGGGUAAUCCAGAAGAACUCCUCAUGCAGGCGAAACCUGCAUUUCUCAUACAGAACUACGCUGAUGCAAAGCUUUGGUCUGUCUUGGAAGAACUUGACAGUAAGGGAAUGCUCUUAAACCAUCUUUCCCAUUGAGAGCUUUUUGCCAACGGGGCUAUUGAUAGGGUAAAAGGGUAAAUAUUUACACCCUCGGGACCUUUUUUAUAUUUUUCUCACUAUUUCGAUCUUUAACCGGUUUGGAUAAACCGGAUCCUUUAAGAUAGAAUAAAUUGGGGAAUGUUUCGUUUACUAUUUA